AGAAAACUUCGGUCUCACUAGGAAAAAUAAAAUUUUUUCGCUGUCGAAACUGUUUUUCGAUCUGAGUACUGGCUAUAAGCGGCUGUGUGCAGACGCUAUUAACUUUGGUAUAAAUAAACUAUUUAUAAUGAGGUACUUGUGUUACCGUUAAAAAUAAAGCCUAUGUGGAGUUAAACUUUUAGUUAAAAAUAAGUUGUACAAAUGAUGAUAAUUACAAAAACAUGCAAGUAUUGCAAUAGGGUGGCAACGCCGUUGUGAAAAAUAUCCUAUUUUUGCCCGCUUCAGCAAAGAAGCAAAAGAACUUGGCAAAAAUGGUUAAACAUAGGACAGCAGCACAAGACGACGACGUCACCGCGUCCACAAGCGGCACGGGAUCGGGAGCAGCCGCCUCGUCCUCGUUCUCCUUUAAGCACUUUCUAAGCAGCACGGGCACUGUAACGGCUCCGACCAGCACGGUGACCUCAGCCGCCGUGCAGACGUCCACGGGCGCCCGGCCCAAGGUGCCCCAGUCUGCCUCCGCCUCGCACAUGCAGCCGCCGGAUGUGAACGGCAGCAGUGCCUCCUCCAGGAUGAAGCGGUCUCCGCGCUUCAGCUCCUUCGACUCGCAGGCGAGUCUGGCUGAGUACGCAGCCUGCGGGGGAGGCCCCACCAGCAGCAGCGGCAGCGGCGGACCCCAGCAUCGCUUGAGGCCGGACUUGCGGCUGGGCCACGACGCCGUGCAGGACGCACUGGACAACGACGACGAUGACCACGUGGCGCUGGCCGAGGUGCGCAACACGGGCAGGCACUACGACAAGCGAAUGGAUGACGAUAUUUUCCCAUCAGCCGCUUCCAACCAGCAACCCGCCAGUGGUACGCGCUACGUGCCGCGCUCCUACUCCAACUACGAGAUGCCACCCCACGUGCAAUGCUCCUCGUCCUCGCCGCGCCGUCGGCCGGCUGGAAACCGCGACCAACGCCCCACCCUUCUAGUGCUGUCCUCCAGCCCCAAGAUGAAGCUUGACCUGCCGCUGGACGCGUGCAAUGCAGUGAGUGGCGGGGCCAGUGGUGGCGCUGCAGCAGCGGCCGGCCUGCCGGACUUUGUGCAGGAUCACCUGCCAGACGCUUGGUGCGGCGGGCAAGACCCCCUCCCUAGCUCGCCCCCCAACUCACCCCUGGGUGCGGCGGAGGCGGCGAGUGGAGCAGUGGGACUGCUGCCGUCAGCACUGUCCAACGCUGUCGCGCUUCCUGGUCCGCCCAGCGAGCCAGCCGCCGGGUCCACUGCCAAAAUGCUGCCCGACUUCCUGUCGGACGGCCCCAUAAUUCACUCGUCUCAGCGACUGGCCGACGUGGCUAUCGGUCUGCCCUCCAAUUCCAUUGACUCGCCUCCCCAGGAGGCGGUCGGCACGUUGCAGCUGUCGUCACUGCGCCAGGAGAACGAGCGCCUGCAACGGGAGCUUCAGGAGGCUCGUGCGGAACUUAACGUCCAGACCAGGCGGGCUAGCGACUUUGAACAGCAGCUGCUGCAUCUUUCUGAGGCCGCAAGGCGACGGGAGGCGGCAGCCACGACGACCAACACACAGACCACGCAGCAUUUGAGGCGCCAGUUGGCUCAAUUAGAGGCGCAGCUUAGCACCUUAAGAGGCGGCGCCGGCAACUCUGAUUGCGCCGCAGGAGGAGUUCCUGCGGCGACUCCUGACAGAGGCAGCAAAAGCACCUCAAGCAGCGGGAGCAGCGCCACGCGACCGUCCAGAACGCACCAUUUGUCAAGGGAUCUUCUUCGUGCCGCCGACACCGCUGAGCAGAACCUGAGGCAACUACUGACUGGCGUGGAUAACUUGCGCCAGAUGGCGGCCAACUUGGAACAGCCGUCGCAGCCACCAACAACGCCCCGAAGUCCCGAUUUGUACACCGAAUUUAACUGAACCGCCCGGGAUGGUCUCUUGGAGAGACCGUUGUGCUCCUGCUCAGAUCGGUUAUUGAUGUUUGUGUAAUCAUUGUAGCCCACGACGACGCGUAGAGCUUGUUUUUAGAUGACCCCGCGAAUGUUUUAUAUUUCCUUAUAAUAUGUUGCAUCGGGUUAAGUGAUCAGGAGAGUCCGUAGGUAUGGUGAUGGGCCAUGUGAGAAUCAAAGCGCAAACUCGUGAUGUUGGUUGAUAAAGCAUAAUAUAUAAUUCAUACAUGAUAAAUCAAUAUAUGUAGCAUAUUGGAGGACCUACCUUAUAUCAACGGCUAAUGUAAAUUACACUGCAAUGUUAAAUGUCUGCCACCCUGAACUGCGCAUUGAGUCCGGGAUAGCGCCCCGCGCAGCAAUUAAUAAGGAGCUAUAAAAGCGAUAUAUUUUUUGUUAAAAACAAAGGAUUACCUGUGCACUUUAGUAGUUUGUGCUUCAGUACAUAGCAAACAAGAAUUGAAAUAAAUUACUAUGAGACAA